AUGGAAGCCGGAUUGGUCCCUUUAAUCGACGAUCCUAUGGCCAUCGCGGUCCUGGUAUCGAUCACGAACCGGGGGGAAUUCGAUUUCAUUUGUCCUCGAUCAUUAACUGGUGACUUGCGAGACGUCUCGCUUGCUCUCCAUCACGAUGACGGUCAUCAACUGACAGUGAACUACAUAUCCUCACGACCCUUCCGUGUGAGCAACCUAUACAACGGCUCUUUCGAUGAUGAACCAUCUACCUUCGAGGACCAGUUCAACAACCGAGCAGGCCACAAUAGGAAGAGUCAUACGUGUAGAGGCUACAGGCGAAAGCCAACAAAUGUUCUCCUGCAAGUUGUUCGCUUCUGGACCUCACUGGGAUGUGGUAUGCGUCGACCCAGAAUACAGAACGUUGAAGUUCUCAGUGUGCAAGCAGCCCGUUUGCUAUGGCCGAUCUUUGGUGACGACGUCCGCACCCUGUCCGCAAAAGUACGUUCGGAACAGACAGUGCGCUUUAAGGGUGCUUGA